AUGGCGGACAGAUUAUCGCAGUUACAAGACGCUGUCAACCAACUAGCUCAACAUCUUUGCGACAGCGUUGGAGUUCUACAACAAUCGGCGCCGUUAAGUUAUUUUGAUGAAUUUGAAAGCCACGACCGAGGCUUAUUAAGUAUUCAAUGGAUGCAAACUAACCAAAUUCUCUAUUCAAACACGGUAUCCUAUCUAGCCGUUCACAAUCCGACUACGAAUGGUGAAAAUGUAGAAAACAAUUUAGACGUUUUUGCUACCUUGAUUACUCGGACCGCUCAAGAUAUCGACUACAUUAUUACUUCCUUACCCGAUAUUCGUGUCUCGCAACAAAAUCAGGAAAAAGCGAUCGAAAGAUUACAAGAAGAAAAUGCACAGGCUCGCCAACAACUUGUAGAAGCUAUUACAAGAGCCGAGGGUGUACUGUUAAAGGUCAAACAGAUUAAAAAUCAGGUAGCAGCAGCACAACUCGAAAUUGAUAAACGUGUCAAUUGUAACGAAAGGAUUGAAAUUGGUCAAUAA